AUGGACAGACCGAGGCGGAACCCAAAACGCAAAGCACUAGAAAACAUAGAUUCUCCUGACGUGCCUCCUCGCGAGCUUCUGGAGGAGGCUUGUAGUCCUCUUACAUCACAAGAGAUUGAAGAAUGGGAGGGGUGGAUCGAGCUGGAAUCCGAACCGGCAUUCUUCAACAUCAUUCUUCGAGACUUGGGUGUCAAACAUGUCAAAAUCCAAGAGCUGUUUACAGUUGAUCAAGCCUCGUUGGACGCCCUGCCAAAACCCGUCUUUGGCCUGAUAUUUCUGUUCCAAUACGGCCCUGGAUAUGAAGAAGACGAGCAACCCACCACCACAGAAAGCGAGAUAUGGUUCGCGAACCAGGCAAGAUCCCACCCCUUCCUCCUCUCUCACUCGGGUUUCGCCAAAUCACCUACUAACGGCCAAGUGCAGACUACCAAUAAUGCAUGCGCCACUGUUGCACUGCUAAACAUCGUCAUGAACGCCGACAACCUGGAUCUUGGUGAGAAACUGAAGAGCUUCAAAGAAUCCACAAAGGACCUCUGUACUGCUCUUCGGGGACACAGCAUCAGCUCUAAUAAAUUCAUUCGCAAGGUCCACAACUCCUUCACGAGGCGCAUGGAUCAACUCAAUGCGGACCUGUGUCUGGAGAACGACGUUAGUGAUUCCAAGAAGAAGGCAGUGUCUAGAAAAGCGGGCAAGCAGAAAAGAAAGAGCAACAAGGCGUCCCUCGAGGAGUACGGAUAUCACUUUAUUGCCUAUGUUCCUUCUGGUGGAUACGUGUGGGAGUUGGAUGGUCUGAGGAGAAAUCCUUUAAAACUCGGUAAGACGAUUCAUCCCGAUGUCAUGGCCAUGAAAUCUAACUGUCAACGCGCCUUGCCCAUAGGACCGCAAGAAUCCCAAGAUUGGACCACCAUUGCCAGGCCGCAGAUAGAGGCCAGAAUGCUUCAGAACGAGGACAGCCAGCUCUCAUUCAAUUUGUUGGCCGUCUGCCGCAGCCCGUUAUUACAACACAACCGAACCAUUGCCACUAUGCUAGCGGCAUUGGAUUAUAUAAGAUCCCGUAUGGCGGACAGCGCGGCAUUCAGCGAGUUGAUAUCGGGGGAGGAGCCGGUCCUGGACAUGGAUAACCAAGCUCAACUCGCCGAGUUCAACCUGACCCAUUCGGAUAUUCAGAAUGCCGAGAUACCACCCCAACUAUUGGCUGCGGCGGCACGCUCCGACUGGGAGGUCCCAGAUGCCUACCAGCUCUACCAGAGGUUUUGCGCAGAAGCAAGAGCUGCCGUUGGUGAAUUUCGCGCCGAGCUAAUCGUCAUGGAAGAGGACGAGCGUCGGGUCACCGGCCGUAGACGGGAUUAUGGUAGUGCAUUACACUGCUGGGUACAGAAGCUAGCAGAAAAGGGGGUGCUGGAGGAUAUCAUCAAAAUGACCUAG